AUGGAGUCCAGUGCCCACCUCGAAGUGUUAGCAUUGAAGCGACAGGAGAUUUCCAACAGGCGAAAGAUGUUUGAAGCAACCAUCAGGCGCAAGGAAGAAGCGCUCUCUCAGUCACGACGAUCCUCAGCUUCGCAUUGGCAAAAGAGACUCCGAGAGUUCGAACAUUCGCGGGAAGAAGCGAAGAAGAGGAAUGAAGAUCUCUUGCUGGCGCUCAAAGACAUUCAAAGCAAUAUGACGCAAACGGGAGCCAUCUUCUCCCAAGAGUUUGCAACUCUGGAGGUAAGUGAGAAAGAUCGAGUCAGACGAUACGUUGACAACAACAUGCAUCGAUGGGUGGACGAGUACAGGGAGAAGAAGAAGCAGAAAGAAGAGCAGGCAGCAAAGGCAAAGGAGAAACAUGUACACCGUACUGUCUCAUGCGUUGUCGAUCUGAUUCCUAUGGAUCUGAAGGAGAGGAUGAAGAUGCUGGAGGAGAAGUCAAGACGCUCUCAAGGGCAUUCCGAUCAAAAUCUGCAGGAGCGGAAAGCAGAUGUGCAUGCAUCGGUGCAAGGGCGUGGAGUGAAAGUUGUUGGGGCCAAUGAGGCCAGGAGGGUGAGUUUGAUCCCAGAAGACAAGGACAAGCAAGAGAUGGAGGGAGCGACGACUGUGCAAGAGGAGAUGCGAUCACCAAAUCGAGAUGUUGUUGUCAAGGUUGAGCACCGAACCUCCGAGAAGUUCAACAGGAGCACGGACGACGAGGAUCGUUCGCUUUCGGAUGGGCAUGGCGAGAGAAGGAAGGAAGGAAGCGACAAGGCCGAGCAGAGAGGGAAAGAAGAAGGAUCAAAUCAAAACAUCGACAAGGACAGAGAAACCAAGAGGGAGGAGGUUAAAGGCUUCAAGCAAAGUCCAGAAGGGAAGCAAAUGAAAGUGACCAGCGGGUCAGACUAUAGCCUGCAAGGGCAGGCGAUCCACGAGUUGAGCGCAAGAGGAGAAGACAGUGAAGACGGUGACACGACGAGAGUGAAGAAGGCGGGGGAACGGGGAGGACACGAGGAGAGAGAAGAGGACACGAUGGGAAGGAUCGAGAAAACCAUGGAAGUUGAGAAGCAGGAGGAAGAAAGGAGGGCUUUAGAUCAAAGACGGAGGGAGGAGGAGGAGAGGCAAGCAGCAAGGAGAGAGGAAGGAGGGAGGGAUGAGGCAAGACGAGAAGCCGAGAGAAAGGCUGAAGCACAGCGCCGAGAGGAGGAGAGGAGGCGAGACGAAGAGCGGCGCAGGGACGAACAGGAGGAAGAGAGACGAGCACAAAAGGGGCGGAGGCAGAAAGCAGAGGAAACCAAAGUACGGGAAGCAGCAGCACGAACGAGCAAAGCGCAAACAGAGCAGACAAGAAAGUCACUGGAUCAAGAGCAAGAGGAUCACAUCAUGAUGUCCAUGACUGACGAACAAGUUCAGUCGUACCUGAGCCAAACCCUCCCUGACUUGCGGACACACCUCAAGGUCGUGAAACAUCUGGUUGUGCAAUUGGACGCAGCGACUAAGGAGCACGUGGCAAGCCAAGAGCCUUUCCCCUCCAACAUCUACAACAACAACUUCUACCAGAUCUCGCUUCAGAAACUUGCCUUGAUCGUGAAAGACAUCACCUCCAACACGAAUGCUGUCUCAAAGGACUACCUGUGGGACUGCAAUCCAGCAGACUACGAGGAGGCAAGGCUCUUUGCGACAAUCGAAGAGAGCCUUACCGCCUACGAGCAGGAGAAGCAGGAGAUUUGGCGGCAAGUCAAACGGCACAUGAGUAGCAUCAAGGAUCACGUGGCUCCUUCCUCAUUCGCAGAGGCCAUGUCGCAUGUGCUCAUGGGAGCUCAGAAACCGACGCCUGCGACCAAGAAGAAGAUCGAGGCUUUCCUCCUCCACGUUGCUGGCUAUGCUGUACAACCUGCCGCCUCUGCUGGGCCAGGUCAGGUAGGGAGUCAGCCAUCGAAGCAAGAUGAGGACCGACCUCAAACAGCUCCUGUCAAGUCCAGCACGAGCCAGCUGCACAAGAUCGCCAAGUUUGCGGGAUCUUUCCUGGGAAAGAAGAGUUCGACCCCCUCUUCUCUGUCGCGCAUGUUGGCGACGCCGUCGUUGGAGCAGCAUGGAAAGGAAGCGUCUGAUGAGGAGGAGGAGGUUGUUGUGAACAUCAAGAAGCCUCCGUUUGCUUAUGCCAAGGCCGUCGCUUCUCAUGGCGGAGGCUCCAGUACGAUGCGGCCGUCGACUGCCCCGCAAUCUCUCGGCUCGUUGCUCAAAGGAAGCAUGUGGUCUACCAAGACGCCGGUGGAGGAUGGUCAGCAGGAUGAUUUUGAUUUCUGA